AAAAAGAAAAACACCAAAAAUGACAACAUUAACGUGGAUCGGCCACUUUUCGCGAUAAUGUCCCGUCGCCGUUGGUCGGAGUUCUUUUCCUCCUAAGAGAAAAAUCUCGGAUUUUCCGCCGGAAACAGUGAAAAUCAUGAUCGCGUACUGCUCGAAACAACGCUCCGUGUACCGCUUAGUGUGACCGUAAUCGUGAUUCGUGCCGUCUCAUACGCGCGCGCGCUCGCCCCCGUGGUUUCGAAAGAAAAUAACACAACAUCCUCCGGAACGGCACCGUGAGUAUCUUUCACGUCGACCGAACGAACGACCGCGAGUGGUGCAGGCAGGAGAGAAUGAAGUUGGUUCAUAAAAACAUUGACAAGGCCGGCGACGGGAGCGUGGUGUUGAUUCCCGAGGAACCGGAAGAUAUGUGGCAUGCGUACAACUUGAUCUCCGAAGGGGAUCAGGUUCGGAGCGGUACCAUCCGGAAGGUGCAAAACGAGACCUCCACUGGGUCCUCGUCCAGCAGUCGGGUGCGCACCACGCUCACCAUCCGGGUCGAGUCCAUCGAUUUCGAUACCCAGGCGCAGGUUCUUCGCCUGAAGGGUCGCAACAUUGAGGAGAACCAGUUCGUCAAGAUGGGCGCAUACCACACGCUGGAUCUGGAGCUGAACCGCAAGUUCCAGCUCACCAAGCCGGAGUGGGACUCGAUUGCCAUCGAGCGGGUCGAGAUGGCUUGCGACGUGACCCAGAGUGCGGACGUGGCGGCCGUCAUCAUGCAGGACGGGUUGGCCCACGUGUGCCUCAUCACGGCCAGUAUGACGCUGGUGCGCAGCAAGAUCGAUGUGGCCAUCCCGCGGAAGCGCAAGGGUAACGUCCAACAGCACGAGAAGGGAUUGGCCAAGUUUUACGACGCCGUCAUCCAGGGCAUCAUCCGGCACGUCAACUUCGAGGUGGUCAAGUGUGUGCUGAUUGCGUCGCCGGGCUUCGUGAAGGAUCAGUUCUUCGAGUACAUGUUCCAGCAGGCGGUUAAAACCGACAACAAGGUGCUAUUAGAUAACAAAAGUAAAUUUAUGUUGGUUCACUCGUCGUCUGGUUUCAAACACUCAUUGAAAGAAAUCCUCCAGGACCCGGCAGUGGUGGCCAAAAUGUCCGACACCAAGGCCGCCGGCGAGGUCAAAGCCCUCGAGCAGUUCUACACCACGCUGCAGUGCGAACCGGCCAAGGCCUUCUACGGCAAGAAGCACGUCAUCAAAGCAGCCGAUGCCCAAGCCAUCGAAACCCUCCUGAUUUCGGACAAUCUCUUUCGAUGCCAAGAUGUUGCCACUAGGAAAGAGUACGUCCAGCUGGUCGACUCUGUGCGAGAUUCCGGCGGAGAGGUUAAAAUCUUCUCCAGCAUGCAUGUGUCCGGAGAGCAACUGGCUCAGCUCACCGGCGUAGCGGCAAUCCUGCGCUUCCCGAUGCCGGAACUCGAGGACAGCGAAGACGAACGGACCGAUUCCGACUCGGAUUGAGGCGCCCCGGGUCGAGUCCGGCAAUCGUCCGUUCCUGUUUUAGGUAGCAAAAGUGUUUCAAGUUGUCGAUCCUGUCGAUUGGUACAGCAACGAACGGUAAUUUAUUUCUCCACCAUACCCCCCUGCCCUAUCCUCUUUGUCACGGCCCAGCUGGCCGUGACAAACAUGAGAACCGAAAUAGUUAUUGAGACAACCAAGAGAACUGAGAAAGGUUGGAGCUUGAGCCUCCCAACCCAACUACACGAAGGAAAACAAAACAAAAUCACCUCUAGGAUAAUGUUUGCUCUACUCAUUUACCAGAUACUGCGCAUAACGAAUCAAACAUCAGGUUGACUUUGGUAUGGUUGAUUGUACAUAUAUGAUUAUGCUGAAUGCGAUAUUUUUACUUUAGUGACCAAAACUAUUAACUUAAUUAUAAUAAUAAAUGAUGCCAUAGCAUCUAAAUGGG